AUGAAGACCAGCGGUGGCCUGACGAGAGGGCGAGGCAUGACGGAGCAACAGCGUCUCAUAUGGCUGCUCUCCAUGCCUGCCUGUGCUGAAGUUAACAAUGCUAUGCAGCAGCUCACAGGUGUCAACUACAACACUGGUGAACAAAACAACGACAUGACAAAUGCUAGACAAACACGUGCCAUAAAAGACACACAUGCAGUUAUCAGCUAUCUGCAAGAGAGAACACCCUUCAGCUCAGAUCCGAUCUUGCGCAGCAUCUCAACAGGGUUGCAUGCAACCAGCACAGUCAAUGUGGACUCAGCAAAAACUGUUGGAACAGCUAUCCUGACCAACAUGGAUGGACAAACUGCUGCUGACUACACAUUCAAGAGGAAGGAUCAGGCCAUUACCUUGGCUGCAAAAUCGGCAGUAAAGAUUGAUGGUGAGGCAGUACAGGUGGCUCCCAAGCUGCUUUUUCAGCGACUGACAAUUGCUGCAAAAGCUACAGAGGUUCUAAAGUCAAAUAUGAUCUGGAGUCAAUCUGUCAGUUACUCACCAGCUCUGUUUGAUUCCACACUGCUGCUCCGACAGCCACAGAAGCCAGUGAUAGCAGAUGCUAUCUGGACACUCCGGACACUCCAGGAAUCACAAGCCAAGUCUACUACGUGCUGGAUGGUGGGGCACUAG